AUGGCUACAGAAGCUCUCCCAUCGACCCACCGGGCCGCGAUCCUCACCCAGCAUGGCGACCACAAGUUCUCGUUCGCCACCGAGACCGUCCCCCUCCCCCACCUCGAACCCAGCCAGAUCCUCGUCCGCCUCACGCACUCAGGCGUCUGCGGCUCAGACCUUCAUCUCGCCUCCGGCCACAUGGGCCCCGUGCGCUCCGUCCUGGGCCACGAGGGCGUCGGGCGCGUCGUCGCCUUGGGCUCCGCGGUGUCGGCGGAUCUGAUCGCCGUGGGUGCCCGUGUUGGCAUCGCCUGGGUGCGUGACAUCUGCGGGGACUGCGCGGCGUGUCUGCGCGGCGAGGAGGGACGUUGUGGCCAGUUGCUCACCAGUGGAAGGGUGUGGGAGGGAAGCUUUGCCGAGUAUGCUGUCGUGCCGGCGCGGUAUGUGAUUCGUUUGCCGGAUGAGGUGGAAGGGCUGGAGGACGAGGUGGUGGCGCCCAUACUCUGUGCUGGCGUCACGGCUUACAAGGCGGUGAAGGUUUGCGGGGCGACGCCCGGUGCUUGGGUGGCAGUGUCGGGCGCCGGUGGUGGUGUCGGCGCUUUGGCAGUCCAGUUCGCGGUGGCUAUGGGCUAUCGCGUGCUUGCCGUCGAUGUGGGGAAGGAGCCGUACUGCAGAAACAUGGGCGCGGAGGCAUACCUCGAAGCCGGUGAGGCGAGUGUCGAGGCUGUGGGGAAAGCCACGGGUGAAGGUGUCCACGCCGUCGUUGUCGCGGCGGGCUUGAACAAAGCAUAUCAGGCGGCCAUCAACUGGCUGGCGCCGUUUGGGACGCUGGUCUGUGUCGGUGUGCCGCCCGAGGAUCAGCUCGUCAAUUUUCAUCCGGCUUGGUUCAUUGGCAAAGGUAUCCGCAUCAUUGGCUCCGCAGUCGGGACGCGGCAGGACAUUCUCGAAGCGUUGGAGUUUCUUCGCCGGAAAGUCGUGAAGCCCGUCGUGGAAAUCGUCGAGCUUGAUCAGCUGAAUGCCAUUACGGAUGGACUCGAUAAGGCGACCAAGAAGUAUGUCAUCAAAUUUUAA